AUGACAAAUCUAACAACCCUCCCACCCCCUGCAUACACCCAGGAGGCAUCUUAUGCCCCGCGUGAUAGCACGUACCAAGAGUACAACCCUCAGCCGCAAACAUACCAAGCGCCUCCGGGAUCAAUAUCCCACCUUCCUCCAGGAUAUCCUCAAGGAGAUCAGACACCACCUGCAACUGGUCAUUAUGACCGACAAGGCGGGGAAUACCCAGCAUACCAAGGGGCUUCCCCAGGAGCUAGGGAUCCAUAUGACCAUAACAGGGCAGGAUCAGGCGCUGUGCCACAAGAUCGUGUACCUUCCCCAAAUGGCGAGAGUAGAGGGUUGUCCCUGGCUUCAUUCUUUGGUAGCACGGGUCCUCCGCCAAUGUGGCAACGUCAGCCGCCUCAGCGUCUGCGUUACGACCAGUUCCCUCCCAUGUGUCUCAUCUCAAACAAAACGGAGCUGAGCAAAGGCUUCCCUGAGGUAGCUCCCCCAUGCCAACUGCGUGUUCACCCAUUUGCGACGCAUGAUAUCUUAAAGGAGGAUUGGAAACGAUUCCUGGCAGACAUCAAGAAAGCAGGUUCGUUAUCUGCGGGACAACGCAUCAAAUCAAAUGCCAUACCCCCUAUAACAGACGCCAGUCUUAUUGGCGGGUUCCUAAUGACCGGAGGCAUCGAGAAACGAAUGAAAGCGAAAGUGAAUAAUCGCAAUGCGGCGGGAGACAUCGUUGAUAACUGGAACCAGUACUUCUUCGGACCUCGCAGAAUGGAGGCCGUUCUCUGGCAAGGGUCAGAGCGCUUAAGCGGCCGUGAGGGAGCAGCCCCGCUGGAUGAUUAUAGCCAACUCCGCACGGCAAAUGGCCUCCGUCGCCGAGCCUCGAGUUCCUUGAGUUCCUCGUCUUCUUCGUCUUCCUCAUCGGAUUCUGAGGACGACAGGAGUCGCAAUAAGCAUGGAAGCGGGUCUUCUGCAUCCCGCAAGUUUGAUAAAAGACAACGCCGUGCCGCGAGAAAGGAGGCUAGGACAGAGAAACGCCAGGAGAAACGCGCUCGUAAGGCAGAACGUCGCAGUGGUAAGGCUCGUAUGGAACAUUCGGAGCCUUACCAUCUUUUCAUUCAAGCUAUCUAG